CAAGGCGGCGUUCAAAUGGGAAACGCUUGCUGGGAAUUGUACUGCUUGGAGCAUGGCAUACAACCCGAUGGUAUGCUGCCACCUCAGGGUUGCCCUAAUGACGAAGGGUUCCAAACCUUUUUCAGUGAAACUGGCGGUGGAAAAUAUGUUCCACGAGCCGUGUUCUUGGACCUCGAGCCUACAGUCAUUGACGAAGUCCGUACGGGAACCUACCAUCAGCUCUUCCAUCCGGAGCAACUUAUCUCCGGUAAAGAGGAUGCCGCGAACAACUACGCGAGGGGUCACUACACGCUGGGAAAGGAAAUAAUCGACCUGGUGCUGGACAGGAUUCGCAAGAUCGCGGACAUGUGCAGCGGUCUGCAAGGAUUUCUCAUCUUCCACGCGUUCGGCGGUGGUACCGGUUCAGGGUUCACCAGUCUGCUGAUGGAGCGUCUCUCCAUAGACUACGGGAAGAAAGCGAAACUGGAGUUCGCGAUCUAUCCAUCGCCACAGAUCUCCACUGCAGUGGUGGAACCGUACAACGCGAUCCUGACCACGCAUACUACCCUCGAGCAUUCGGAUUGCGCGUUCCUGGUGGACAACGAGGCGAUCUACGACAUUUGCAGACGGAAUCUGGACAUCGAGCGACCGACGUACACGAACUUGAACCGACUGAUCGGUCAGAUCGUUUCCUCCAUCACAGCCUCGUUGAGGUUCGACGGGGCGCUGAACGUCGACCUGACGGAGUUCCAGACGAACCUGGUCCCCUAUCCGAGGAUCCAUUUCCCUCUGGCCACGUACGCGCCGAUCGUUUCCAUCGAGAAGGCCUACCACGAGCAGCUCACCGUGAUGGAGUUGACGUCGUCUUGCUUCGAGCCUGCAAUGCAGAUGGUCAAAUGCAAUCCGCAGAGGGGCAAGUAUAUGGCGUGUUGCCUGCUGUACAGGGGCGACGUGGUACCAAAAGACGUAAACGCGUCCAUCGCGACGAUCAAAACGAAGAGGGCGAUACAGUUUGUCGAUUGGUGCCCUACUGGGUUCAAGGUGGGCAUCAACUAUCAGCCACCGACUGUGGUACCUGGUGGCGAUCUGGCUAAAGUGCAACGGGCCAUGGCGAUGCUUGCAAAUACAACUGCGAUUGCCGAGGCAUGGACAAGAUUAAACAGGAAGUUCGAUUUGAUGUUUGGGAAACGAGCAUUUGUCCACUGGUACAUUGGGGAAAGUAUGGACGAAAGCGAAUUCAACGAGGCCAGAGAAGACUUGGCCGCUUUAGAAAAGGACUAUGAAGAAGUAGGUAUGGACUCGACGGACGCUGGCGAGGGUGAAGACGAAAAUUAA